AACCCCUAUAUUUAAUGCGUUGAGUUCCCUCCUUCCUUGAUUCCCAAGCAUCUUAUAUGCCAUUCCUCCCCUUCCUCUGCUAAGAACAAAUCUGCUCUGGGAAGAUGCCUAUUUCCUCCAACACUCACAGAGAGGUUAAGGCAAUAAAGGACGACCAUGGCCAUGAUCAUGGUGAUGAUGAUGAUCAUGCAAGCGGAAGCUUUGCGAGGCUUAUGCGGCGCGUGUAUUCAUUAGAAGAUCUGCUCAAGAAAUUGCGGUGGGAAAGAAGUGCAGUGCAAACAGGGGCUGAAGAAGAAAUGUUACAGGGUGGGGAAGUGUGUGAGUUUCGGAUGCCUCUUCAUUAUCCCAAGUAUUCCAAGGCGGAUUACGAAUCAAUGGCGGAGUGGAAGCUCGACAUUCUGCUCCGUCAGUAUGGUCUGGAUGUCACAGGUGAUGUGGAAUACAAGCGCGAGGUUGCAGUUGGUGCCUUUCUCUGGCCUGAUCAGCGCCUCUGAGAUUUUGUCACAGGCUGUUUGCCCUAAAUUUUAUUUAGAAAUUUACUACUUUUGAGAAUGGGUUUGCGGUUUUCAGAGAUGUUAGGAUCUCUGUACUGUAAAAUUGGGUUUAAAUAGAUGUAGGUAAGUCAAAUUUUAGCUUCAGAUGUUCUGAAAUUUCUCCCGCAGCUUAAAUUUGUAUGGUUUUGUAUAUAUUUGAAACAUAUUUUUUUUUAAAAAUCUCUGUCAUGAGAAAUUGGGGA